AUGGGUUCAACUCCAGCCCACUGCCCUUCUGACUCGCCCUUCUACCUUUCCUGUCAUCUGUUCUUCACUGUUCUAUCCAAUAAAAAUCACAAUUUUGGGGGGAAUAAAGUGGGAAUUUGUUCCUUGCUUGAUGUGUUCUCUCUUUCUGCAGGCUGUCCAUCCGGGACCUGUUGACCAACGCGUUCUUCGGGGAGGACACAGGGGUACGUGUGGAGCUGGCGGAGGAAGACAUGGGCUGUCAGGACUGCCUGGCCCUCAGGAUCUGGGUGGAGGAGCCAAAGAAGCUGAAGGGAAAACACAAAGACAACGAGGCCAUCGAGUUCAGCUAUGACCUGGAGAAUGACAGCGCAGAGGAGGUGGCUUCGGAGAUGGUGAGAUUAGGAGGAGAAAGGGAUAGAGAGGGAGGGAUACCUUUUUCACACUUUGGUACAGACCCGAACUGGUACAGUACAAUAAAGGUUGGCUCGGCUCAGCACAUUAGUGUGAAAAAUGAUUUGAGAGAGAGCAGUGUAGGAUGGAGCAGGAAUAACUGGGACCUCUAUGUUGAGAGAACUGCAGGGAAGGUGGGAGGGCUAUAGGAAAGGUGUGCUUUGAUGUAUUACAAAGUCCACAGCUCAUUAAUCAAGGUUUCCUUGCUAGUCGCUACCUCCAACCUACAUUCCCUCGCCAUGCUUUCAACUUUUUCUCUCUCUGUCUUUCCCACUCUCUCUUUUUCUCUCCGCUCCUAUCUCCCUGUCUCUCUCUCCACCUACUCCCUCCCUCCUCUUCUCUCUCUCUCUCUCUCCUCUCUCUCUCUCUCUCUCUCUCUCUCUCUCUCUCUCUCUGCUCUCUCUCUUCUCCUCUCGGUCGUCUCUCCUCUCUUCUCUCUCCUCUCUCUCUCUCUCCCUCCCUCCCCUUCUCUCUGUCUACCCACCACCCCCUCUCCCUCCUCUCUCCAGGUGAAGUCAGGUUUCUUCCACGAGAGCGACACAAAAGUGGUCGGUAAAUCCAUCCGCGACCGCGUUACGCUCAUCAAGAAGUCCCGUGAGAGACGCCAGCAGCAGCUGCUCCAACAGCAGCAAGGCUUUGAUGAGAGACGGGACUCUACCCUCACCUCCUCCUACACCUGCUCUCACCCCUCCUCCCUAGGGCCUGGGGUGGCUGGGCUGACAGGGGGAGAUGGGGGAGGAGGAGGGCAGGGGGAGGCUGAGGAGCUACCAGAGGUGGAUCAGCAUGUGAGGCAACAGCAGCUGUUCCAUAGUGGGAAUCCUCUGAGCCUGCCCACAGGUACAACUGCAGACCAAUGUUAUGUCAGUCAGAGGCUUGUAAAGAUUUAUUUACGGUGUAAGACUGUAUACUGUGUUUACCUACUUACUGACUGUACUGGGGUAGAUAUCAGCAACGAAGUGGAAUAUUAAGAUAAACAUAUUAUUUGGUUGUGGACAGUCCUAGAAUAGGAUAUAAUGAUAAUUAUAUUAUUUUCCUUAUCCCCAAAGUAGUGUUUGUCUAGACUCAUAUUUUACACUUGCCCUUGUAUUUACUCCAGGAGGUGAGAGCAUUGGCUCAGCCAGCUGUGAGUCCUAUGCCAGUAGCCAGAGCCAGGCAUACCCUCAGCAAGGGGAGUCAUACGUGCUCUCUCAACCCAGCAUCCCUGCUGCUGCGUCGGUGAGUAUAUGGCAUCCCAAAGGACAACCUAUUUCCUAUGUAGUGCACUACUUUUGACCAGGGCCAAAAGUAGUGCGCUAUGUAGAGAAUAGGGUACCAUUUGGAACAUACAUCAUAUUAUGGUUGUUCCUGUUUUGGAAAAUCCAGUAUACAAAGAGAUUGAUAUCUUAUCUUCAACCCUGCAAUCAUGCUCAAUUAUGUUGUCUAUUAUCUAUUUUUAGGCCAUUUUGGCCCAUCAUGAAAUGCUCCCGAUUGGUCAGAGCGGAGGAGUUCCGAACGUGCCUAUUGGUCAGAGUGGUGGGAUUUCCGCCAUGUCCAUUGGUCAAAGCAGUGGUGGGGCACCUGUUGGUCAGCAGACUUACGCUCAGCCUGUUGCUAUGGCAACGGAAGUCUCACCAGGUGUACCACAGCAGUAUUCGCAGGUGAGUGGCUCUCGAUCCCAUUCAACUCUCUUAACAUCUCUCUAACCCUCUUUUAUACUGGAUAAAACAAGUUUGAACCAUGAUAUAUUCCAAAUAGCUUUUAAUCAUUCCACGUAACUAUUUUAUCAGAUGUUCUUUAAUGAAAAUGAUAAUAAAAACUAUAACAAUCUUGAUCAUAACAAUGUUUUCAUGUCCUCUAAAAAAUCUGUGCAAUCCUUUGAUAAUUAAUGCCUGCCCUUUAUCCAAUGCUUACUCUUAACUUGUCUCUUUACCUCAAUCUCCCCUACCUGCCCUCUCACCAUAACUCCAUCUGACCAUGCACCUGUCACCCCAUGAUGAUCAUCUUCACACCAUCUCAGUCAUACCAUUCAGAUGGAUCACAGAUCGCACCAAUGGCCCCUUCCCAGUCCUACGCACCCCCAGUCUCGCCCCAAGCCCAGCAUAACAUUCUUCCAGCUCCCAUUUCAGUGGGGGACCCAACAGGACUAGUGGGCGUUGGUGGCAAGGAGGCCAUGGUCCCUCUCCCACAACAGACCCAGGCCAAUGUCACUCCCAACAUCAUGCAGGCCUCUGACAUCCAGAUGACACCCCAGCCUUUAACCCAGCAAGCACAGCCUGUCAUGAUCACCCAACAGCAGACCAUUGUUCAACAACAACAGCAGAUACUGAUGGAGCCACAGCAGCAGCAAAUGGAGGCUCAACAAACCGCCCUGCUUCAGCAGCAGCAGCAUCAACAACAACAACAACAACAGGCCAAUGUAAUUCCCCAGAAGGCGGUACUGAUACAGCAACAUAUAGAACAACAACAGCAACAGCAGCAACAGACUAUAGCAAUCCAACAGCAGCAAACUACUGAGCUACAGCAGCAAGUGUAUGUGCAGCAAGCUUUGGUUCAGCAGCAGCAGCAAAUGCAACAGCAUCCUCAGCAGCAGGCCUUACUACAACAACAAUCAAUGGACCAACAGCAGCAAAAACAACAGGCAUUGUCAUUGCAGCAACAGCAAGUGGAUCAAACCCAAGUCUAUGCGCAACAUCCGCAAAACGACAUACAACAGCAGCAACAACUGCAACAGCAGCAAACAUUGUUACUACACCAACAGCACCAGAUUGAACAUCAGCAACAACAACAAGCGAUGUUACUAGAACAACAACAGCAAGUGUACAUACAACAGCAGCUUGAGCAACAGCAGCAACAAGCGUUGCUACAAAAGCAACAACAGGCACGAUUACAGCAGCACCAACUGGAGCAACAGCAAGCACUGUUACAACAGCAGAUAUUUGAACAACAGCAGCAGCAAGCGAUGUUACAGCAGCAGCAACAAGAGCAGCAGCAACAGCAAGCCUUAAAGCAACAGCAACAACAGGCGCAACUACAACAGCAACAGCUAGAGCAACAGCAAGCGCUGUUACAACAACAGCAGUUCGAGCAACAGCAGCAGCAAGCGCUCUUACAGCAACAACAACAACUGGAGGCUCACCAAGCGAGCCAGAUCCAACAACAACCGCAAAUGGAUCUACAACAGCAGCAACAACAAAAGCGAGCUGUUCUGCAACAACUGACCCAACUACAACAACAGGCGGUCGUCAGUCAUCCAGUCGACCCACAGCAACAGCAAGCUGUGCUACAGCAACAGUUGAAACAACAGCAAGCCCUGCUACAACAGAAACAGCUUCAACAGCAACAAGCGAUUUUACAGCAGCAGCAAUUGGAGCAACAGCAACAAGAGGCACAACUGCAACAGAAGCUGGAGCUACAACAGCAGCAAGCUUUGUUACAACAACAGAUCGAACAACAACGGCAAAAGCAGGCGUUGCUACAGCAACAACAAGCAGAGAGACUGCACCAACAGGCUUUGCUACAACAGCAGCAGCAACAGAUUCAACAACAGCAAGAGACUGGGCAACCGCAGCAGCAAACCGCCAAUAUUCAAUUACAACAAAGCGAGAAACAAGAGACCGCUUUGAUUCAGCAACAAUGUGAGCAGUUGCAAGCGUUGAUUCAACAGCAACAAAUUGAUGUGUGUAUGUUGCAACAACAACAACAACAGCAAAACACUGCUAUGUUUCCACCUAGUCACACUAGCCUAACACAGCAGCAACUGACAGAACAACAGCAAGUAGCGCUGAUACAACAGCAAUUACAUCAACAACAACAACAGCAGCAGCAACAACAACAAGCUAUAUUACUGGAGCAACAACAACAAGAGUAUGUUGUCCAGCAACAACAGCAGCGCCAUCAGAGCUCUGUCGUUGAACCUCAGCCUCAGAUCCCCCUUGUAGCCCCAACCGUACCAGCAGCAGAGGUUAUACAGGCCAUUCAGGUCCAAGCUCAGAUGGCCGCCCAGGCGCAGGCCCAAGCCCAGGGUCAGGGAGCCAUACCUGUAGCCAUUCAGCCACAGAUUCCCAGUCAGGCUCCACCGGCUGUAGUGCAAGCCCAUGCCCAAGUCCUGGCCCAGAUUCAAGCUCGGAAUGAAGCUCACCCUCAGAGCCAGGGCCAAUCCCCAGUCCCAGUACUCCAAGCCCAGCCCCAGAUGAUUGAGGUCCAGAUUCCACCUCAAGUGGUGGCCCCGAUCCAGGCACCAAGUCCUCCGAUCCCUAUCCAGCCCCAGGCUCCUCUAGUACAGUCUAUCCAUCAGAUCCCAGCUCAAAUACAGGCCCAGGCUCCAGUGCAGUCAUUCAUCCAGCAGACUCCCCGGCCUCUGCAUCCAACCCAAGCUUUGACUCAGACUCAGAUUCCAGCAGUUCUUGAGACUCAGAUGCUGCCUCCUAUGAAGCAGAGUCCAACUCUGGUCCAACCCCGAUCUCCAGUCUCAAUAACCCCCAUGCACAGCCAGAUCCAAGCCCAACCCCAGCACGAGUCUCCAGUGCAGCCCAGUGUUCAGCUCCCAGUGCUGGCGCAGCCUCAACUCCUGCCCUAUGCUCCAGCCGUCCUACUGGCACCGCAGUAUGUCACUGCACCUCAGCCCACCCAACAGCAAGCCAUGCAGCCAGUCCUGCAACAACAGCAUCAGGACAUCACACAACAAGUUACCCAACAACAGCAGAUACUGUUGGAGCAACAGCAGUCCAUUCUGCAGUACCAGCAGGUGAUGCUGUCUCCUGGAUCUGUUGGUGUUGGAACUGUCAUGGCGGCCCCUGCAGCCACAGACAUAGACCCUACCACCUUGGUCUCUGCUUCGCCUCAACACAUACAACAACAAACUGGACAAGUGGAUAUCCAAGGCCAGCAGGUACAGCUACAACCACCGGUACAGCCUGUCCCACAGCCACAGCAGCUUCAGGCUCAGACAGCCCCAGCCCCCAUCCAGCAGGCUCUGCAGUCUCUUCCCUCUCAGCAUCAGCAAGUCUCAAUUCCCGACCCAAGUCAACUGGCUUAUCAGCUUCCUCAGAUCCCCCCACAUCUGUUUCCCCAGCAGCCCACUGUUAACCCAGCACAGAUAGCAUCCCCAAGUAACCUGCCCCAGCUCGGGAAUCAGACUAGAGCCCUACCCUUCUACAGUCAGGUAGUAGCAGGAAUUACGCCACCAUCCCACCAGCACCAGGCUCAGCUGACACAGCCGUUACCCGCCCACACACACACCCAGAUGGCCAUGCAAGCUCAGGCACACACCCAGACACUGGCCCAAACGCAGCCCCAUGCCCAUACCCAGACCCAGCUCGCUGAGGCUGCAUUGGCGGCCUCCACCACCGAGCAACAGCCCCCUCUGAAUCCUCCCCAGGCUACUUCCCUCCCUCUUCCACAGAUGCCCCCCAGCCCUUCUCAUACAUCGUCUCACCCCCACCCUGCCUCCCUGCCACCCCUCCAUCCUGCUACCCCUGGCCCAGAGACCCAGCCCACCCCACCAGAGAGCCAACUAACCCUGCCUGGCCUGGCUGAUGUCCCCUCGAGCCUAACCUCUCCCCUGGCUGUUGCUGCCGCUGCCCAGCCCCCUGACUCUAACGCCCCCUCGCUGCUGCCCCCCACCUCAACCUCGCUCCAAGACUGUGACCCUGCUCUGCUGGGCAUUGCUCAGGUACAGAAGUGCACGCCGCUCUACCACUACUGCAUACUGUUCCACUACUACCACUAUCAACAUCCAAUAACCAGCCGGUUAUAGAAGGGUGUAUACAGUAGAGAGUAUUAUUUUUGAAACACAAUAAAACACAUUAUUUUUGUUUCGUUUGAAGAAAAGGUCAUUUCAUUCAGUUACGCUAAGUACGUUUGUAUGGUAUUUGUUCUGAUUUAAACCAACCAGUACGACAACAACCAGAUCCAGUGUUUAACUUACAUUAAAAUAGGUUCAUUUUUGUUCAAUUUCCUAUUUCAGUUGUUCAAUUUUAUUUGUAUUAGUCAACUAAUGGUUUGGUAUGUAUUUUUUCUUUGUGGGUUUUUGCUGUUUUCUGUAUGUCGGUAUGUAUUUGUAUGUUCGUUGUUCUGUCUGUAUUUAUGUGGCUCUACAGGAGAGUGCAAACCAGUCUGGCACAGAGAGACACUCCUCUUCAGGGUAUGUGUCACAUCACUACUCUCAACGUCGGCCCCAAUUUACUCCCUUGCUCUAGCCCCCGGCCCUAUCAUGUCAAUGUUUGCAGAUCUAUACAUUUGAAGUGAUAUGGUGGAAGCUACACCACUACACUACUUAUACCUUUCCAGAACCUUCAGAUCUGCAAACAUCCAAAGGUUAGGGCCAAGGGGAUGGGCUAGGGACCGGUUGUCAUUGUUCGUUUGUUUUUUGUUUUGAAUGUCAAGCCCUCCAUGUUAGAAAAGGCUUUGCCCACUACUGUACAUGAAGUACUAACAAUAGGAGUACUAUUUAUUUGACCAUCAAUGUUCACAUGUGUUGACUCUUGUUUGUCUGACACCUCUCACAGUGCUGUUCCAGCCAAUGGGGAUGGGGAUCUACAGAUGUUGUUAGCCAAUGGAAAACUAGAGAGGGUGAAGUCUCAAAGGAGAUUGUCCUAUCGGGGGGCAGAAAAGGGAUCACAUGCAUUUCAACUGAGCAUGAUCCAGGUAUUGUAUCCCUAAUAAUAUUAAUCCGUCUCAGGAUGUAAAAGGUUUGAAAUAAAUUGUCAAGUCGAAGAAGUUGUCAUGUCCAAGACAUUGAACAGACCAACAUGGUUUCUCUUCCUGCGCUCCGUAGGUGUCCAGCUCUGGGGAUAACAUGGUGGAGUGUCAGCUUGAAACCCACAGCAACAAGAUGGUCACCUUUAAGUUCGACACUGAGGGAGACGCACCUGAAGACAUCGCAGAUUACAUGGUAACUAGACCAACACGCAGUUAUACAUGGACAUUGUAUGGGAUUAUAGCACCACAAACUUCUACCUGUUUCGAUAUAUUAGAUAUGAUUCUAUGAAUAUAUGAUUAUAUAAUAUUGGAUGGUAUGAUGGUUUUUGCGGCAAGUAUUCUCAUUUGGACUAACACCCAGUUCGCCAUGCAGCCUGUGUUUGGUCCAUUUAGUUUGGUUUUAAAAAGUGUGUUCUAUUGUGUAUCAAUUUGUGUAUCUGUAAUGGCUUUUGUCUUGUGUAGGUGGAGGAGGAUUUUGUCCUUGAGUCAGAGAAAGAUACAUUUGUGGAAGACCUGAGGUCCAUUGUCAAGAGAGCUCAGGAAAUUCUCCUCACACAUCAACAGGUCUGGUUUGAAAACAUUGGUUGCGUCCCAAAUGGCACAGUAUUACCCUAUUCCCUACAUCAGGGGUUCUCAAAGUGGAGUCUGUGCGGUUUCUCAAAGUGGGGUCUGUGGAGGGACUGCAGGGGGUCCAUGUCCAGAUAAAUACACUACAUAUAUACACAUGCUUGUACCUCCACAGUGCCUUCGGAAAGUAUUCAGACCCCUUAACUUUUUCCACAUUUUGUUAGGUUACAGCCUUAUUCUAAAAUUGAUUAAAUAGUUUUUCCCCCUCCUCAAUCUACACACAAUACCCCAUAAUGACAAAGCAAAAAUAGGUUUUUAGAAAUUGUUGCUAAUUAUUAUUUUUUAAACAGAAAUAUUACAUUUACGUAAGUAUUCAGACCCUUUACUCAGUACUUUGUUGAUGCACCUUUGGCAGCAAUUACAGCCUCGAGUCUUCUUGGGUAUGACACUACAAGCAUGGCACACCAGUAUUUGGGGAGUUUCUCCCAUUCUUCUCUGCAGAUCCUCUCAAGCUCUGUCAGGUUGGAUGGGGAGCGUUGCUGCACAGCUAUUUUCAGGUCUCUCCAGAGAUGUUCGAUCGGGUUCAAGUCCGGGCUCUGGCUUAGGGUUGUUGUCCUGUUGGAAGGUGAACCUUCGCCCCAGUCUGAGGUCCUGAGCGCUCUGGUGCAGGUUUUCAUCAAGGAUAUCUCUGUACUUUGCUCCGUUCAUCUUUGCCUCAUUCCUGACUAGUCCCUGCCGCUGAAAAACACCCCCACAGCAUGAUGCUGCCAUCACCAUGCUUCACCGUAGGGAUGGUGCCAGGUUUCCUCCAGACGUGACGCUUGGCAUUCAGGCCAAAGAGUUCAAUCUUGGUUUCAUCAGACCAGAGAAUCUUGUUUCUCAUGGUCUGAGAGCGGGCUGUCAUGUGCCUUUUACUGAGGAGUGGCUUCCGUCUGGCCACUUUACCAUAAAGGCCUGAUUGUUGGAGUGCUGCAGAGAUGGUUGUCCUUCUGGAAGGUUCUCCCAUCUCCACAGAGGAACUCUAGAGCUCUGUCAGAGUAACCAUCGGGUUCUUGGUCACCUCACUGACCAAGGCACUUUUCCCCCGAUUGCUCAGUUUAGCCAGGCGGCCAGCUCUUGGAAGAGUCUUGGUGGUUCCAAACUUCUUCCAUUUAAGAAUGAUUGAGGCCACUGUGUUCUUGGGACCUUCAAUGCUCAGGAAAUAUUUUGGUACCCUUCCCAGAACUGUGCCUCGACACAAUCCUGUCUCUGAGCUCUACGGACAUUUCCUUCGACCUCAUGGCUUGGUUUUUGCUCUAACAUGCACUGUCAACUGUGGGACCUUAUAUAGACGGGUGUGCCUUUCCAAAUAAUUUCCAAUCAAUUAAAUUUACCACGUGGAUUCCAAUCAAGUUGUAGAAACAUCUCAAAGAUGAUCAAUGGAAACAGGAUGCACCUGAGCUCAAUUUCGAGUCUCAUAGUAAAGGGUCUGAAUACUUAUGUAAAUACAGUAUUUAUUUAUUUUUUAAUUUAAUAAAUUUGCUACAAUUUAUAAAAACACAUUUUCGCGUUGUCAUUAUGGGGUAUUGUGUAUAGAUUGCUGAGGAUUUUUUAUUUAUUUAAUCAAUUUUAGAAUAAGGCUGUAACGUAACAAAAUGUAGAAAAAGUCAAGGGGUCUGAAUACUUUCCGAAGGCACUGUAUAUACACUACAUUACCAAAAGUAUAUGGACACCUGCUCGUCAAACAUUUCAUUCCAAAAUCAUGGGCAUUAAUAUGGAGUUGGUCCCCCCCUUUGCUGCUAUAACAGCCUCCACUCUUCUGGGAAAGCUUUCCACUACAUGUUGGAACAUUGCUGCGGGGAAUUACUUCCAUUCAGCCACAAGAGCAUUAGUGAGGUCGGGCACCGAUGUUGGGCGACUAGGCCUGGCUCGCAGUCAGCGUUCCAAUUCAUCCCAAAGGUGUUCGAUGGGGUUGAGGUCAGGGCUCUGUGCAGGCCAGUCAACUCCUUCCACACCGAUCUCGACAAACCAUUUCUGUAUGGACCUCGCUUUGUGCACAGGGGCAUUGUCAUGCUGAAACAGGAAAGGGCCUUCCCCAAACUGUUGACACAAAGUUGGAAGCACAGAAUCCUCUAGAAUUUCAUUGUAUGCUGUAGCGUUAAGCUUUCCUUUCACUGGAACUAAGGGGCCUAGCCCGAACCAUGAAAAACAGCCCAGACCAUUAUUCCUCCUCCACCAAACUUUACAGUUGGUACUAUGCAUUGGGGCAGGUAGCAUUCUCCUGGCAUCAGCCAAACCCUGAUUAGUCCGUCAGACUGCCAGAUGGUGAAGCGUGAUUCAUUACUCCAGAGAUCACGUUUCCACUGCUCCAGAGUCCAAUGGCGGUGAGCUUUACACCACUCCAGCCGACGCUUGGCAUUGCGCAUGGUGAUCUUAGGCUUGUGUGCGGCUGCUUGGUCAUGGGAAACCCAUUUCAUGAAGCUCCCGACGAACAGUUCUUGUGCUGACAUUGCGUCCAGAGGCCGUUUGGAAUUUGGUAGUGAGUGUUGCAACCAAGGACAGACGAUUUUUACGCGCUACACGCUUCAGCACUCAGUGGUCCAGUACAAGCCUACCACUUCGCGGCUGAGCCGUUGUUGCUCCUAGACGUUUCCACUUCACAAUAACAGCACCUACAGUUGACCGGGGCAGCUAUAGCAGGGCAGAAAUUUGACAAACUGACUUGUUGGAAAGGUGGCAUCCUAUGACGGUGCCAUGUUGAAAGUCACUGAGCUCUUUAAUACGGGCCAUUCUACUGCAAAUGUUUGUCUAUGGUGAUUGCAUGGCUGUGUGCUCGAUUGUAUACCUGUCAGCAACGGGUGUGGCUGAAAUAGCAGAAUCCACUCAUUUGAAGGGUUGUCCACAUACUUUUGGCCAUGUAGUGUAUGUAUGUAUGUAUGUAUGUGUAUAUACAUACAUACUUUUUUUAAAUGAAUAUUUCUAACAACAGAUUAAACUAAUUUUGGACAAGGGCUCCAUGGAAUAAGUUUAGAGGUUGUAAUACAAUACAAUGGAAUAUUAUUCAUCUACAAUUUAUGUUCUUAACCCUAGGCAACAUCAUGGGCCUGGGAUAAUCACAGGGAUAUUGGUAUCCACUGCAGUUUUCCACCAAUUAUACAUUUUCUAACUCAAUACUUAUUGUAUUCCCCAAAAAUAUUUUUGAUUUUUUUUACAUAAAUGCACUGUAAUUUAAGCUUUAAAACUGCAACAUUUUCUCUCUGCCUCAUGGCAAAAUGUGUAGAAUUGCAUGAUAUUAGCUCUACAGCUGCAACAGCAACAAUAAAUCUCUCUGCCCAAUGACAAAAUGUGUAGAAUUGCAGGAAAUUAUCUUGAAAACAGCACAUUUUUCUCUCCCAUGCCAAGAAGCGGGCUUUUAAAAUGUUCCUUGGUUCGUCCAGCCAUUAUGCACUGCCGAAGUUAUAGUAAAACUUCUUGUAUGCUUUUUAUUUUAUUAGUAUUUUUUAAUCUCACUCGAAUUGUGUUCUGAUGAUGAGGGGGUCCCUAAUGAAUUUGCAAUCACAAAAGGGGUCCUGGGCUCCAAGAAGUUUGAGAACCCCUGCCCUACAUGGUCAGAAGUAGUACAAUAUAAAGGGAAUAGGCUGCUUUUUGGGAUACAGCUCCGAUAUCCUGAUGUAAUGUCUGUUCCACUCCUUUCUACUCUUAAUCUUUAGACAUACAGUUUGAAACACUGAACCCAGUACAGUGUACAGCCAGGGGUAAAGCUCCAUAUUAUAGUGCCUUGAAAACAGGUCCAUGUGAAGUACUGUCUGUCUGGUCAUUUUGUCCUACCAUUAUGGAAACAAUAUGUCAGUAGCCAUGUCAUAUAUUAUGGUGAACACUGAACAUUCAGAGCGCUAAUGUCAUAUGUAAUGGUGUAUGGAGAACAUACAGAGGCCCUUACCAUAGCUAAUGUAAUGGAGCAACCAUAACUAAUCUGAUUUAUUACAAUGUAAUUCUGCCUGUAUGUAUGUUAACAUCAUCUGUUCUCUGUUUUCCUGUGGUCUGUCAAGACUGGAUCUAUGGAGCAGCUGCAUGUGAGCACUCCAACAGGCACAGCAAGUGAGUUACUCCUCCCUCCUCCCUGGCUUCGUCCAAAAUGGCAACUACAGUGCAUUGGGAAGGUUUUCAGACCCCUUGACUUUUUCCACAUUUUGUUACGUUUUACAGCCUUAUUCUAAAAUUGAUUAAAUUGUUUUUUUCCUCAUCAAUCUACACACAACACCCCAUAAUGACAAAGCAAAAACAGUUUUGUAGAAAUGUUUGCUAAUGGAUUAAAAAUAUUACAUUUACGUUAGUAUUCAGGCCCUUUACUCAGUACUUUGUUGAAGCACCUUUGGCAGUGAUUACAGCCGCAAGUCUUCUUGGGUAUGACGCUACAAGCUUGGCACACCUGUAUUGGGGAGUUUCUCCCAUUCUUCUCUGCAGGUCCUCUCAAGCUCUGUCAGGUUGGAUGGGGAGCGUCGCUGAACAGCUGUUUUCAGGUCUCUCCAGAGAUGUUCGAUCAGGUUCAAGUCCGGGCUCUGGCUGGGCCACUCAAGGACAUUGAGACUUGUCCCCAAGCCACUCCUGCGUUGUCUUGGCUGUGUGCUUAGGGUCGCUGUCCUGUUGGAAGGUGAACCUUCGCCCCAGUCUGAGGUCCUGAGCGCUCUGGAUCAGGUUUUCAUCAAGGAUCUCUCUGUACUUUGCUCAAUUCAUCUUUCCCUCGAUCCUGACUAGUCUCCCAGUCCCUGCCACUGAAAAACAUCCCCACAGCAUGAUGCUGCCACCACCAUGUUUCAACCGUAAGGAUGGUAUUUGCCAGGUGAUGAGCGGUGCCUGGUUUCCUCCAGACGUGAUGCUUGGCAUUUGGGCCAAAGAGUUCAAUCUUGGUUUCACAGACCAGAGAAUCUUGUUUCUCAUGGUCUGAGAGUCCUUUAAGUGCCUUUUGGCAAACUCCAAGCGGGCUGUCAUGUGUCUUUUACUGAGGAGUGGCUUCUGUCUGGCCACUCUACCAUAAUGAGUGCUGCAGAGAUGGUUGUCCUUCUGGAAGGUUCUCCCAUCUCCACAGAGGAACUCCGGAGCUCUGUCAGAGUGACCAUCAGGUUCUUGGUCACCUCCCUGACCAAGGCCCUUCUCCCUGCAAUGAAUAAGUAUAGCAAAGUGUUUCGAUAAGCUUGCGUUGUUAUUAUUUGCGGCUUGUGUCUUUUUUAAUAUUGAGGAAUCUUUCACUUUCUCUGGUCAUAGGAGUAACAACAUGAGUUGGUGCAUGAGGCUGAAAUAAUGCGGUGCGACUUAUGUUUCGCCAUUAACUGGAAGACUGUGUCCCCUUUUCUCAGCGGAGUGAGGGAGAGAGGAGGGAUAGUGAGUCUGGUGAGAAGCAGCCUCACCACUGCUCCCUCCCUCCCUCCCUCAGACUGACCAUCAGAUGCAGGCCAUCAUUCCAGUAAAAAAAAAAUGCGAAUUAUUAUGCUCACUUAGCUGUGCCUCACAAGUAAUACAACAAAUUAUAUAUUACCAGUGUGAUCAUAUACCUACAAUUUUUAAAUAUAAUUUCUAAAUGGUCUGAGAAGAACAACAUUGGCAGAGCAAUUCAAGCAUAGCCAAUAUGCAGUGAUAAUGUAUUGGGCCUUAAGCCUACUGCACAAACCUCAUUGCUACAAAACAGUUUUUAAUUAGUUCAUGUUGCAUAGGCUUACGUUUUUUAAGUCAUGUUUAAAACAAAAUCUGAGCAGUAGAUCUCAGCUUUCAGUUUGACUCAGAAAAGGUUAGUGACCACUGAUCUAUGUGGUUAUAAAGUGUUUAUGAAGGCUUCAUUAAGCCUUGAAAGUAAAGUUAUAGUCACUUAAAGUGGGACCUUUUAUAUAUUACUUCUCUCUAUCUGCCAGUGGACGUAGCCCCUUGUGAUAAAGCAUUAUUAAUGAUUCUGAUUGAUUUCUGAAACAUCUAUAUAGGCUUUAUAAAGUGUUUAAGGAAAACUUGAAAGUUGUAGUUAGUUUAAAGUGGGACUUUUUAUAUAUUAUUUUAUGUUCCAGUGGACUGGGCGCCUCAGUCGUCUCCGGUGGGCAGAUGGAGGUUCUUCAUCAACCAGACCAUCAGACACAGAGACUCCACGUCCAACCAGGGAGGAGCAUCCACCCCUCCACCUCUCUCGACCCAGUCUACAGACACUGACAGAGGUACAGUAACAAUAUGAUUGGGUUAAUAAAAGAUACACAUGGGCAGUAAUCUAACACAGGGCAGCAUUACCCUUUUCACACUACCAAGCCCACCCGAAAACAGUAGGGGUUCAACAGUAGGGGUUGAAAUAUUUUCUGACCUGUCCUGUGCAGUUAGUGUCCUGCUCCAAAGGUGGGCUAUGCACUGUACAGAACUUUUACAACCCCUUUUACCCUGUGCUGGCUUCAAUAUUUUCUUAUUGUAUUGUCUUUUCCAACAACUAUGGUGGAAGCGUAACCAGGCCAGCGUAGUACGGCUGGGCUCGGCUUAGCUGUGUUUGGUUCUGUCUGUUGAGUAACACCAACUAAACCUCUGUCCCUCCUCUCUCUGGUCUGGUGUGCUCUGAUUGGUCGACGUACUCUAGAGGGGGACGGAGGAUCCCAGAGAUCGGACUCCUCCUUCGCUGGAAUGGUCUCCUCUCCUCCUCCCCACCCUACAUCCACCCUGUGUGCCCCUGCCACCGCCUCCUCCCCCCAUGCCUCCGCCUCCACCGUUUCUGCCCCUGCCUCCAUGUCUGCCCCCCCAGCCCCUGCUGCCCCCACUCCUGACACAACUGCCUCUGCUGCCUCUGACAGUAGGGUUUCUGCUCUGGCUUCUAGUCUCGCUAGUGCAGUUGUUGCCUCAGAACCACACUCAGUCCCCACUGCCUCAGCUGGCCUAGGCCUAGACCUGCAGGCUUCCAUUGACCAAACUUCCAGUGCCACCACAGCAACAUCCUCCAUCCCAACCAAUGUCUCAAGCACCGCUGCCAACCUCCCAGUUCCUACCAUGGUAGCUGCUUCUGCCACCAUCGCUCCCACUACCACCCCCUCUCUAACUGAAUCUCUGACCUCCCCAGCUACUAGUGGCAGCUCUAUGGUGAGCCAGGGCCAAGGACCAAGCCUGGGUGAUGUAGGAAAGGUGGCCACCCUAGGACAGUGUGUGUCUGGAGGGGACCACUCAUCCACUGGCCCAAUCCAGCCUCCAGUGGCUGUGUCGGGAGCCGUGGCCUCUCCUCCUGUUAGCCAUGCAGGUCUGGAGCAGCAGCAACACACUCUGCCUCAGAUGCAGUGCAUGGCAGCCCAGCCUCAGCUCCAAACAGUGCAACGGGUACAGCAGCAGCAACCGCUCCUAGAACAUCAGCAACAACACCUGAAGACUGUGCAACUCCAACAGGCACAGCAACAACAGCAAGAGUACCAAGAGCAGAUACAACUGCAGCAGCAGAAGCAGCAGCAUGCAUUGCAACAAUCUAUUCAACAGUUGCAGAUGCUGCAACAGCAACAACUACAGCCACAACAACAACAGCAGUCUGAUGUACAUUUGCAGCCCCAACUACAACAACAGACUCAGCAAAUGCCUGUCCAAAUGCAGAACGCACAGUACAACACACAGUUACACAUGCAACAGCCACAGCCAAACCAGUUGCCACCACCACCGCAACAACAACAACCAGUCAUUUCACAGCAACAGGCAGCGAUUGACCUGCAGCCACAGCAUCAACAACAGUUAGCUCUGCAACAGGCACUACAUAUUCAGCAGCAACAGCAAAUGCUCCAACAACAACCGCAACAACAACAACCGCAACAACAACAACAACAACAACAACAGCAGCAGCAGCUGUCAGUGAACCAACAGUAUGUCCAACAACAAUCAUUACAGCCACUAAACAUGGCUCAACAACUCCCUCUAGAACAGACACAACAACAACAACAGCUGCAACAGCAGGUCCAUCAACAACAAAAACAACACGAGGUUAACCCUCAGCAUCAGCAGGUGUCCCAGCAGGCUCCUCUCCAGAAGCAGCCGUCAUUCCAACAGUCAGAGUGGGAACGGUCUACAGAGGAGGCCAGUGUGACAGACGAUACAGGCAGUCACUCUGCCCCUCUACACCCCUCCUCAGACUUAUCUCUGCCCCUCAACAUUAACACAACCGCUGAUGCCCCCCUACCGCCCCUCUCCCUCACCCUGACCCCCUCACCAGUCCAGCCAUCCUCUGUGGCUGAGUCGGACAGCGAGGGCCCUCCCAAAAUCGAGUUUGUAGACAACCACAUUAAGACUCUGGAUGAAAAGCUGAGGAACUUGUUGUAUCAGGAGUAUAGUAGUGGGGCAGCUGUGACGGGGGGAGCUGCUGUGGCUUCUACCGCUGGUCCCACCGCAGUGUCAGCAGCCUCGACAUCGGCAGGAGGGGACGAAUCCUCGGAGCCGCACUCGCUCCAUCCCUCCUCCUUCCCUCCUCCCGCGUUGUCGUCCUCAGACACCUCUCCUCACUCCUCCUCCUCCACCACCUCCUCCACCACCUCCCGCUCCUCCUCCACCUCUUCUGACCUGGAAAGGGAGAGAGGUGUGGGGGGGGGGGCUCCAACAGCAGGCCCGGUGGAGCAGCAGCCUGGCCCGUCUCUCUCCUCCGCCUCCCUCCUGACCCCCCCACACGGAGACUCGGCCGGGCCCCCACCUAUCCCUGGAGAACCCACCAUUUUUGUAAGUAAGGUCCACAUAUCUGGGUGUUGAAUUGAAACAUUGAAUAGUGUUUGAUUGACUUUUAUCUGAAACUUUAUGUAAAGAUCACUACUUCGAUUGCCUUGUUCUUAUGAAUGAAUAGAUGCAUGUAUUUUUCAAUGAUACGGUUGUUGUUAUGUAAGUUUAUGAUAUUCCAGCAUUUUUUUUUCUCUCCGAAUGUCUCUACCCCCCAUUUUGGCAGCCACUCUUACCAUGUCGCUAUGUUACCUAUCCCCUCCCCCUCCCCCUCCAGGCUGCCCCCCCUCACUCUGACACCAGUACUCCAGGAGAAGUCACUACGUGGCCCCCAAAUCUGCACCCCAUCCCCCUGGGCCCUGGAUCGCCGCCGCAGCACAAUGCAGGAGGUGGAUAUUUUGGCCUAAACCUGACAUGUCCUAGUAUCAGAAAUCCCGUUAGCAAGAAAUCCUGGACUCGCAAAUUCAAAAGCUGGGCAUGCAAACUGCGCCACUCCGCCAGCUUGUUCAAGAAGCCCAGAGUCCAGCAAGGUAGCGUGUUCUUAGAGAGAGUGAGAGAGAGAGGGUGAAUGGGGUGUUGGUUGGUGGGGGUGUUUAUCUCAAAUACAAAUGGGUAGAUACAGAAUGUUUAGUGUAACCUAGUUGUGUUAUUUCUGCUAAUCUUUGACAUUAAUUAUUUGAUUGUUUAUUCAUUAACAAGUAAUUAGUAAUUGUAUCUUGUUUCUGUUGUAAUGUGAUUGUCUUUGUUGUACAGUAUAGUGUAAUGUCGACGAUGUCACUACAUGAUACAUUACUCUUUUGAAUUGUUUUGGAGAAUGGCUUUACUAAAUUUAUUUUGGCAAUCUUUUUUUGUUUGCAUGGGGGAUAACUCGCCCUUGGCAUGAGGAUGGAAUAGUGGAAAGAAGCGUAGAGAAGAGGAGCCAGAGAAGGGGGGGAUGAGGAGGAAAAUGGUACAGAGUGUAGGAAGGAAGGAGGGAAGAGAUGGGCAACAUCAGGAGGCUGAUAUGUCCAUGGUGCAGAUAAGCUUACUGCUGUAACUCUGGAGGUACACCUGGAUCUGCAGCCCCCAAGCUAGGACGCCCACCACAGCCCCGCCCCACCCUCUGCUCUGUAGGCCACUGCCCAGUCAGUUUCCACACACCAAACACUGCCCUCACCACACCAACCACCCCACCUGCUGGCACAGAGUAGCACCACACACACACUCGCACAUACACCAUGGUUCAAUGACACACACAUAAUGUACACACAAACACUCCCCUAUGUAUUUAUUUGGACAGUGAAGCUAAAACUUUUUAUUAACUCCAGCAUUUGAGAUCAGAUGUUUAUAUGAGGUGACUGUACACAAUGUCACCUUUUAUUUGAUAUGUAUGAAAAUAACCUCAAAUAAAAGGUGACAUUCUGUACUGUCGCCUCAUAAAACAUUUGAUCUCAAAUCCAAAAUGCUGGAGUAUAGAGCCAAAUUAAAAGUUUUAGCUUCACUGUCCAAAUAAAUACGUAGGGGAGUGUACAUAAAACACUUUCAGGCGUUUUUAGCUACAAUAGCCAUUUACAACAUUAACAAUGUCUACACUGUAUUUCUGAUCAAUUUGAUGUUAUUUUAAUGGACAAAAAUGUUUCUUUUGAAAACAAGGGCAUUUCUAAGCGACCCCAAACUUUUGAACGGUAGUGUGUAUAUAUACAGUGAGGGAAAAAAGUAUUUGAUCCCCUGCUGAUUUUGUACGUUUUCCCACUGACAAAGACAUGAUCAGUCUAUAAUUUUAAUGGUAGGUUUAUUUGAACAGUGAGAGACAGAAUAACAAAAAAAUCCAGAAAAAAGCAUGUCAAAAAUGUUAUAAAUGAUUUGCAUUUUAAUGAGGGAAAUAAGUAUUUGACCCCCUCUCAAUCAGAAAGAUUUCUGGCUCCCAGGUGUCUUUUAUACAGGUAACGAGCUGAGAUUAGGAGCACACUCUUAAAGGGAGUGCUCCUAAUCUCAGUUUGUAACCUGUAUAAAAGACAGCUGUCCACAGAAGCAAUCAAUCAAUCAGAUUCCAAACUCUCCAUCAUGGCCAAGACCAAAGAGCUCUCCAAGGAUGUCAGGGACAAGAUUGUAGACCUACACAAGGCUGGAAUGGGCUACAAGACCAUCGCCAAGCAGCUUGGUGAGAAGGUGACAACAGUUGGUGCGAUUAUUCGCAAAUGAAAGAAACACAAAAGACCUGUCAAUCUCCCUCGGCCUGAGGCUCCAUGCAAGUUCUCACCUCAUGGAGUUGCAAUGAUCAUGAGAACGGUGAGGAAUCAGUCCAGAACUACACGGGAGGAUCUUGUCAAUGAUCUCAAGGCAGCUGGGACCAUAGUCACCAAGAAAACAAUUGGUAACACACUACGCCGUGAAGGACUGAAAUCCUGCAGCGCCCGCAGGGUCCUCCUGCUCAAGAAAGCACAUAUACAGGCCCGUCUGAAGUUUGCCAGUGAACAUCUGAAUGAUUCAGAGGAGAACUGGGUGAAAGUGUUGUGGUCAGAUGAGACCAAAAUCGAGCUCUUUGGCAUCAACUCAACUGGCCAUGUUUGGAGGAGGAGAAAUGCUGCCUAUGACCCCAAGAACACCAUCCCCACCGUAAAACAUGGAGGUGGAAACAUUAUGCUUUGGGGGUGUUUUUCUGCUAAGGGGACAGGACAACUUCACCGCAUCAAAGGGACGAUGGACCAUGUACCGUCAAAUCUUGGGUGAGAACCUCCUUCCCUCAGCCAGGGCAUUGAAAAUGGGUCGUGGAUGGGUAUUCCAGCAUGACAAUGACCCAAAACACACGGCCAAGGCAACAAAGGAGUGGCUCAAGAAGAAGCACAUUAAGGUCCUGGAGUGGCCUAGCCAGUCUCCAGACCUUAAUCCCAUAGAAAAUCUGUGGCGGGAGCUGAAAGUUCGAGUUGCCAAACGUCAGCCUCGAAACCUUAAUGACUUGGAGAAGAUCUGCAAAAAGGAGUGGGACAAAAUCCCUCCUGAGAUGUGUGCAAACCUGGUGGCCCACUACAAGAAACGUCUGACCUCUGUGAUUGCCAACAAGGGUUUUGCCACCAAGUACUAAGUCAUGUUUUGCAGAGGGGUCAAUUACUUAUUUCCCUCAUUAAAAUGCAAAUCAAUUCAUAACAUUUUUGACAUGUGUUUUUCAGGAUUUUUUUGUUGUUAUUCUGUCUCUCACUGUUCAAAUAAACCUACCAUUAAAAUUAUAGACUGAUCAUGUCUUUGUCAGUGGGAAAACGUACAAAAUCAGCAGGGGAUCAAAUACUUUUUUCCCUCACUGUACACUACCGGUCAAAAGUUUUAGAACACCUACUCAUUCAAAGGUUUUCCUUUAUUUUUACUAUUUUCUACAUUGUAGAAUUAUAGUGAAGAGAUCAAAACUAUGAAAUAACACAUAUGUUAAACAAAACAAAAUAUAUUUUAUAUUUGAGAUUCUUCAAAUAGCCACCCUUUGCCUUGAAGACAGCUUUGCACACUCUUGGCAUUAUCUCAACCAGCUUCAUGACGUAGUCACCUGGAAUGCAUUUCAAUUAACAGGUGUGCCUUCUUAAAAGUUAAUUUGUGGAAUUUCUUUCCUUCUUAAUGCGUUUCAGCCAAUCAGUUGUGUUGUGACAAGGUUGCGGGGGGUAUACAGAAGAUAGCCAUUACAUUUACAUUUACAUUUUAGUCAUUUAGCAGACGCUCUUAUCCAGAGCGACUUACAGGAGCAAUUAGGGUUAAGUGCCUUGCUCAAGGGCACAUUUACGUCAUUUAGCAGACGCUCUUAUCCAGAGCGACUCACAAAUUGGUGCAUUCACCCUAUAGCCAGUGGGAUAACCACUUUACAAUUUUUUUUUUUGGGGGGGGGGGAUAGAAGGAUUACUUUAUCCUAUCCCAGGUAUUCCUUAAAGAGGUGGGGUUUCAAAUGUCUCCGGAAGGUGGUGAGUGACUCCGCUGUCCUGGCGUCGUGAGGGAGCUUGUUCCACCAUUGGGGUGCCAGAGCAGCGAACAGUUUUGACUGGGCUGAGCGGGAACUAUGCUUCCGCAGAGGAAGGGGAGCCAGCAGGCCAGAGGUGGAUGAACGCAAUGCCCUCGUUUGGGUGUAGGGACUGAUCAGAGCCCGAAGGUACAGAGGUGCCGUUCCCCUCACUGCUCCAUAGGCAAGCACCAUGGUCUUGUAACGGAUGCGAGCUUCAACUGGAAGCCAGUGGAGUGUGCGGAGGAGGGGGGGUGACGUGAGAGAACUUGGGAAGGUUGAACACCAGACGGGCUGCGGCAUUCUGGAUGAGUUGUAGGGGUUUAAUGGCACAGGCAGGGAGGCCAGCCAACAGCGAGUUGCAGUAAUCCAGACGGGAGAUGACAAGUGCCUGGAUUAGGACCUGUGCCGCUUCCUGUGUAAGGCAGGGUCGUACUCUCCGAAUGUUGUAGAGCAUGAACCUGCAGGAGCGGGUCACCGCCUUGAUGUUAGCGGAGAACGACAGGGUGUUGUCCAGGGUCACGCCAAGGCUCUUCGCACUCUGGGAGGAGGACACAACGGAGUUGUCAACCGUGAUGGCGAGAUCAUGGAACGGGCAGUCCUUCCCCGGGAGGAAGAGCAGCUCCGUCUUGCCAGGGUUCAGCUUGAGGUGGUGAUCCGUCAUCCAUACUGAUAUGUCUGCCAGACAUGCAGAGAUGCGAUUCGCCACCUGGUUAUCAGAAGGGGGAAAGGAGAAGAUUAGUUGUGUAUCGUCAGCGUAGCAAUGAUAGGAGAGGCCAUGUGAGGAUAUGACAGAGCCAAGUGACUUGGUGUAUAGGGAGAAAAGGAGAGGGCCUAGAACUGAGCCCUGGGGGACACCAGUGGUGAGAGCACGUGGUGCGGAGACAGCUUCUCGCCACGCCACUUGGUAGGAGCGACCGGUCAGGUAGGACGCAAUCCAGGAGUGAGCCGCGCCGGAGAUGCCCAGCUCGGAGAGGGUGGAGAGGAGGAUCUGAUGGUUCACAGUAUCAAAGGCAGCAGACAGGUCUAGAAGGACAAGAGCAGAGGAGAGAGAGUUAGCUUUAGCAGUGCGGAGAGCCUCCGUGACACAGAGAAGAGCAGUCUCAGUUGAAUGACCAGUCCUGAAACCUGACUAGUUUGGAUCAAGAAGGUCAUUCUGAGAGAGAUAGCAAGAGAGUUGGCUAAAGACGGCACGCUCAAUAGUUUUGGAAAGAAAAGAAAGAAGGGAUACUGGUCUGUAGUUGUUGACAUCAGUGGGAUCGAGUGUUGGUUUUUUGAGAAGGGGAGCAACUCUCGCUCUCUUGAAGACGGAAGGGACAUGGCCAGCGGUCAAGGAUGAGUUGAUCAGCGAGGUGAGGUAGGGGAGAAGGUCACCGGAGAUGGUCUGGAGAAGAGAGGAGGGGAUGGGGUCAAGCGGGCAGGUUGUUGGGCGGCCUGCAGUCACAAGUCGCAGGAUUUUAUCUGGAGAGAGAGGGGAGAAAGAAGUCAAAGCAUAGGGUAGGGCAGUGUGAGUAGGACCAGCAGUGUCAUUAGACUUAACAAACGAGGAUCGGAUGUCGUCAACCUUCUUUUCAAAGUGGUUGACGAAGUCAUCCACAGAGAGAGAGGAGGGGGGGGAUUCAGGAGGGAGGAAAAUGUGGCAAAGAGCUUCCUAGGGUUAGAGGCAGAUGCUUGGAAUUUAGAGUGGUAGAAAGUGGCCUUAGCAGCAGAAACAGAUGAAGAAAAUGUAGAGAGGAGGGAGUGAAAAGAUGCCAGGUCGGCAGGGAGUUUAGUUUUCUUCCAUUUCUUCCAUAGCCCUAUUUGGUAAAUGACCAAGUCCAUAUUAUGGCAAGAACAGCUCAAAUAAGACGACAGUCCAUCAUUACUUUAAGACAUGAAGGUCAGCCAAUACGGAAAAUUCCAAGAACUUUGAAAGUUUCUUCAAGUGCAGUCGCAAAAACCAUCAAGCGCUAUGAUGAAACUGGCUCUCAUGAGGACCGCCACAGGAAUGGAAGACACAGAGUUACCUCUGCUGCAGAGGAUAAGUUAAUUAGAGUUACCAGCCACAGAAAUUGAAGCCCAAAUAAAUGCUUCACAGAGUUCAAGUAACAGACACAUCUCAACAUAAACUGUUCAGAGGAAUCAGGCCUUCAUGGUCGAAUUGCUGCAAAGGAACCACUACUAAAGGACACCAAUAAGAAGAAGAGACUUGCUUGACCCAAGAAACAUGAGCAAUGGACAUUAGACCGGUGGAGUCCAAAUUGGAGAUUUUUGGUUCCAACCGCUGUGUCUUUGUGAGACGCGUGUGGGGGAACGGAUGAUCUCUGCAUGUUUAUUUUCCACCGUAAAGCAUGGAGGAGGAGGUGUUAUGGUGUGGGGGUGCUUUGCUGUUGACAAUGUCUGUGAUUUAUUUAGAAUUCAAGGCACACUUAACCAGCAUGGUUACCACAGCAUUCUGCAGCGAUACACCAUCCCAUCUGGUUUGGGUUUAGUGGGACUAUCAUUUGUUUUUCAACAGGACAAUGACCCAACACACCUCCAGGCUGUGUAAGGGCUAUUUGACCAAGAAGGAGAGUGAUGGAGUGCUGUAUCAGAUGACCUGGCCUCCACAAUCCCCCAACCUCAACCCAAUUGAGAUGGUUUGGAAUGAGUCGGAUGGCAGAGUAAAGGAAAAGCAACCAACAAGUGCUCAGCAUAUGUGGGUACUCCUUCAAGACUGUUGAAAAAGCAUUCCAGGUGAAGCUGGUGGAGAGAAUGCUUAGAGUCUGCAAAGCUGUCAUCAAGCUAAAGGGUGGCUAUUUGAAGAAUCUCAAAUAUAAAAUAGAUUUUGAUUUGUUAACACUUUUUUGGUUACUACAUGAUUCCAUAUGUGUUAUUUUAUAGUUUUGAUGUCUUCACUAUUAUUCUACAAUGUAGAAAAUAGUAAAAAUAAAGAAAAACCCUUCAAUGAGUAGGUGUUCUAAAACUUUUGACCGGUAGUGUAUGUAUAUAUAUAUAUAUAUAUAUAUAUAUAUAUAUACAGUAAUCCCUCGUUUAUCGCGGGGGUUACGUUCCGAAAAUGACCCGCGAUAAGUGAAAUCCGCGAAAUAGAAAACUUUUUUUUUUACAAUUAGCAACUAUUACAUGUAUACAAAUACAGUGACUCACGUGUAGGCCGUUUCGUCGACAUUAUGGGUUUAGAAGAGUAUUACAGAUAUGGCAUUAAUGUAAAUGCCAAGUUUAGUAUACAAUAAGACGAGACGACAAAAUGAUAGCAAUUCGUAGAUAUACAAGAAGCUGGGAGUUUUUUCAGAUGCAAGCACAAUGCACCAAAAAAAAAAGCAUUAUGAAAAUCCGCGAAUACGAGCGAUAAGUGACCGUGAGUGGCGGGAUCAUGUAUAAAUACUCUUUUACUUAUAUGCUUUGUAAGCAGCUUACGUUACUGCAUAUGUUUAGCAGACUUGCUAUUCUUGUAUAUUAGUGUGUUUCACUGUAGUUUAGUUAUGUGUAUUUUCAUUUUACACUACAUGGCCAGAAGUAUGUGGACACCCCUUCAAAUUCACUCACUACCGAGUUCCAAACUGCCUCUGGAAGCAACGUCAGCACAAGAACUGUUCGUAUGGAGCUUCAUUAAAUGGGUUUCCAUGGCCGAGCAUCCGCACACAAGCCUAAGAUCACCAUUUGCAAUGCCAAGCUUUGGCUGGAGUGGUGUAAAGCCGCCAUUGGACUCAGGAGCAGUGGAAACACGUUCUCUGUAGUGAUGAAUCACACUUCACCAUCUGGCAAUCCGAUAGACAAACCUGGGUUUGGCGGAUGCCAGGAGAACACUACCUGCCCGAAUGCAUAGUGCCAACUGUAAUGUUUGGUGGAGGAGGAAUAAUGGUCUGGGGCUGUUUUUCAUGGUUCCUUAGUUCCACUGAAGGAAAAUCUUAACACUACGGUAUACAAUGACAUUCUAGAUGAUUCUGUGCUUCCAACUUUGUAGCAAAGGUUUGGGGAAGGCCCUUUCCUGUUUCAGCAGGACAAUGCCCCUGUGCACAAAGCGAGGUCCAUACAGAAAUGGUUUGCCGAGAUCGGUGUGGAAGAACUUGACUGGCCUGCCCAGAGCCUUGACCUCAACCCCAUCGAACACCUUUGGGAUGAAUUGGAACGCUGACUGCGAGCCAGGCCUAGUCGCCCAACAUCGGUGCCCGACCUCACUAAUGCUCUUGUGGCUGAAUGGAAGCAAUUCCUCGCAGCAAUGUUCCAACAUCUAGUGGAAGGCCUUCCCAGAAGAGUGGAGGCUGUUAUGGCAGCAAAGGGGGGACCAACUCCAUAUUUUAUACCCAUGAGUUUGGAAUGAGAUGUUCGAUGAGCAGGUGUCCACAUACAUUUGGCCAUGUAGUGUAUGUGCACUUGACAUACCUUAUGUUCUACAUAUGUGUGUAUAUAUGGUGAUGUAAUAUCAUACAUAAUGUGUAAUACCAUAACAUCAGCAGCAUUCAUACCAAGCUGUACAUUUUUACAUUGAUAUCUCAAAUGAUACAACAUAUCCAUAUACACACUUUCUGUUUAGAAUAUCAUACACCAUAAACGAGAACAUCACUGUUAAUCUAAAUUGUGGAUAAAUUCAUUCAUCCAGAUUGACGUGUGAUGUUAGUGUGUGGGGUCUGAUAUGGUACAGGUGCAUUGUGGGUGUGUCUGUGUGUGUGUGUGGUGGGGGGUACAGUAUACUGAUGCAUACAUUCAACUAACUGACCCCUCCCUAAAAUGCAUUUCUAUCUCAUCUGACCUUUAUACAAACCCUCCCCACACCCCAUAACAUCUUAUGUUUAUUUAAGCAUGUUUUUACUGUAGAUGUUAUUUUUAAGUUAUCUUUAUCAUUAUGACGCUUUUAUGCUUGUUCCUGUCACUGUAAGAAAAGGACAGUAAAACAUUGUAAAAAUGCUAUAGUUUUCUAAAUCAAUGUAAUGUCACACACACACUCCCAUUGUCAUCCAUGAACUGUAAGCAUGUAUACAAUAGAAUGCUUUUUUGUGUAGUCUCAGGGUUGCUGUCUGAUAAUGUGAUGUCAUGGGAUUAAUUUAUUUUUUUUUUUCUGUGUUUGUGGUGUCUGUGUCCACGUCUUAUCCCUGUGCUUGUUGGUGUGUGCCUCUGUGUGUGCCUAUUUCUGUGUGUUUGUCUAUAUAUAUUGUCCUCAUGUCUGUAUCUAUACCCAUGUGUGUCUCUGUCUCCGUGUCCUUGUCUCUCUAUGUCCUCCUCUCUCUCUCUCCCCCUGUUGUUUUUCAUUACCCCUUUUUUUACCAGACGGUCACUCUAGUGGCAGUCAGGCAGUCAGAGAGGAGAGCGAGAGGGCUUCCUCCAACCCUCCCCACUCACUCAAGGGACGAUUUCAGGUACGGCCCAUCUAGAAACAGCCCCUAGACACCUGUGUAGUUAGAUUAGAUAGGUGUAAGCAAUAUGGGAAAAUUGCCACCCAGUGUACGAGAGGACAAGAUUGUACUACUACCAGGCCUAUUACAUUCUUUCAGAUCUAUUAAGUGCAUAGAACUUCCUGAUUAUCACUUCCUGGUUAAAUAUCAGAAUGUGCUGGAGGAGGAGGAACACACACAAAGUUAAUGACUCCCACUUUGUCUUUUCCCAAGGUCACCCCAGUGCCCCAGCCCCCUGAGGCCUCUCCCCCCAAAGAGGCAGCCUGUGGUACGGGCAGCAGCCACAGGAAAGUGGGGCGCUUCUCUGUGACCCAGACGGAGGCCCGGAAAGAGGAGAAAGAACUGACUGACAGCUCCCCUGUGUCUCCUGACCUGGAGAGAGAGAGGAGGAGGGCCCGAGGGAAGGAGGGAGAGAGGGAGGCGGGAAAGAGGAACCCAGCACUGAGCCACCCAACCCGAGGACAUGGUCACGGGCAUGGUCUCUCUCCCCUGGGCAGUAGCGAUGAUGAGGAGAGUGAGAUGGAGGAUGAAGACCUGAGGAAGGAGCUGCACACGCUGAGAGAGAAGUGAGAUGAUACAAUAGAAUACUUUAUUGUUUUUGGGAAUUCAUUUUGUGCGGUCAAUGACCCAUCUGGGAGACAGGGAGGGGAAAGAAGGGACAGGGUUUAUUUUCAGUAUCAUUCAAGUUAUUGUUUUUUCUUCUAUUUUGACUCACCAAUUUUUACUCUUUCUCCCACCCACUCCAUUCCAUCCCUGCCGGUCUACAUUCUCAACAUGUCAUCACUCUCUUCUAUCCUCAACUCCUCUCCUCCUCAACUCUGUCUCUCUGCCAUUAAUGAUCUCCCAAACCCCAUUCUCUUCAUGUGUUUUCCUCCCACCUCCAUUCCUCCCCCUGUAUUUUACCUUUCUUCCCCAGGCACAUCAAGGAGGUGAUGUCCCUCCACGCUCAGCAGAACAGAGAGCUCCAGGAGCUGUACAGGCAGCUGCGGUCCCUCAAAGACCACCGGCAGACCCUGCCCCGCACCCCAGCCUUCCCCUCAGGAUCCCCAGCCCUCUCCCCCCGCAGGCCCAGGCCGGCCAAAGCCAAGCUCCGGCCCAGACCCCACUCCCACAUGGACAAUAAUGGACUCGCUGGUCACCCCGGUAACCAAUCUCUCUUUCUGGGUCUACUCUCGGUCUUUCAAUCUUGAUCUCUGUGUAUUUCUUUCUCUCUCCCCCUCUCUCCCUGUUGGUCUUCUCUCUUUGUCUUCUCACUCUCUGUUUUCUCUUUCCCUCUCUCUCUCAUCUCUCUUUCUCCAUCUCUCUCUCACUGAAGGUGAUAUAUGUGAUAUCUGACUGUCUGUUGUCUCUGCUGAAGGUAUACAGCAGUCCAGUAGUUUCUCAGGGGGAGAACAGAGCAAACUACCACCAUACUGCAACCCAGAACACACCACCCUACUGACUACCAAAAGAGGUAAAGGUUUCACCGAAACUUAAGACUAUUCCUCUUCCUCUGAAUAGGUAGUGUUUGAUUGAAUAUCUCCCCUUUCUCUCUUCUCAGACCACAGUCCUCCCUCACAGGGUGCCAGGAAGAGCAUGUUCACAGAUGACUUGCACAGACUGGUUGAUGAUUGGACGAAGGAGACAGUGGGUCCCGCCGCUCCCAAGCCCUCGCUCAAUCAGAUCAAGCAGAUUCAGCAGGUGCAGGAGUUGGGAGGGUGGCCACAGGCCACAGAGGUAAAGCGCCAGGCCUCUCGUGACCUAAACGUAUACAGUGCAUUUUGAUUGCCCAUGUACAGGAUUCCAUUGCCAAUGUAUUGUGUACACACUUGUACAAUUCAGUGUAUGACUGCAAGCUACCAAAAAACAUUGGAUGUCGUUAUUGUGUUUCACAUUAGUGAUGUCUUCCUUCCAGGUGGCUCCUCCGGGUCGGUUCCCUGUGGCACCACUGAACCCCCAGGCCUCCCCAGCCCCCUCCAGCUUCACUGCUCCAGCCCCAGCUCAGUACACCACUGGGGGGAGCCUGAGCCAGUGGAGCGGGGUGGGGGGACCACCAGGACCACAACAACAACAAACACACAUGCCUCCAGUCCCUCAGCUACAGCAAAGUUUACAUCUCCAGCAAGCCCAGCCUGCUCACCCAUUACAGACACAGCCCUUGCAGCAAUCCCCUCUACACCAACAACAACAGCCCCUACAGACUCCACUACUGUCUCCUGUACAGCCACAGACAGGGCAACAACAUAUACCCCAGCAGCCCCAUGUAGGUGUAGGAGCCCCACCUCAGAAUAAACCUCUGUUGCCUUCCCAGAUGCCCCAGAUGGCCCCGUCGUCUCAGCUGGCCCUAGCUCAGCCUGGGUGUCUGAUUCCUGGGUCUAGCAACAAUGCAGUAGUGGGGCCCAUAGACACUGGCGCUGCUGCUGCUGUUACUGCCCCCGGUGGCCCCGGAGGGACAUUCUGUUUCUGCUCCUCCUCUUCUUCCUGCUCCUCCUCCUGCUCUGCUGCUGCUCUACCAUCCAGUGCCAAACUUCACCCCAUGCCCCCAACCUCCACUCUUCCUCUGGGACAGCAGUGA